AUGCCUUCCCUGCAACAGACCAGCUUCAAAGACUUCCCCAGCCCGGACAUUGCCAGAUCACUGACGGGGCCAGACAUUCUCCAGAAGCAUUCCAUCAACUCACUGCUGCUGGAGCACAAUGAGAUCAUCAGUCGGGGACUCCCGUCACCGAUUGAAGACAAUAUGUCACUAUCGGAUCUGCUGAGUGGCUCACAGUCAUCCUCUCCGACUUCGGCAUCGUCCUCGCUGGUGACAAGCUCAUCCACAUCGUCGGCCAAAAAUGGACCCAAUCACCACCACCACCAUCACCUCCAGCAACAACAACAACACCAGGUUCAAAGCGGCCUCCACCAUACGCAUCACCUGCACCACCAUCCAACGCUCGGGUCGUUUUCGUCGAUUUCUUCCCUGAGCGGUGGUGGCUGCGAUGACAGUGCCAGCAGCAUGAUUAGCUCCGGAUUGAGCGGCUCGCUGAGUGCCAGUUUAGGCAGCGGCGGCAGCACCAGCGGUAGCACCCCCGGUAACGGUGGUGGAGUUGGUGGUCCUGCUGCGAAUCCGUUCAACUUUGGCAGCCUGCGGAUUCCCAGUCCGUCGCUCAACUCGCCGGAUCUUAUGACUGGUGGCGGACUGCUGGGUGGUGACAUCAUUGGCGGAGGUCACAGCAGUAGCAGCAGCAGCAGUAGCAGCAGCGGAAUCAGCUGCGGUGGAGGUGGCAGUGGCAGUGGUAGCGGCAGUGGCAGUGGCCAAUCUCCAACGGUGCGAACGUUUUACUCGAGCGGCCUGCAGACGGCCACCGGCUCCGCCGUGGGUGGAGGGACUGGUCGGAGCGGAAGCGAAGAAACAUCUCCGAGCAGUGGAUAUGACGAGUUUCGGUUCGAGAACGAUCUGAUGAUUGGAUGCGGCAGUGGUACUUCGACCGGCGGAUUGGUUACCGAAGUCGCCAAACUUAGACGACGAAACAUCAGUUUCGAUUGCUCCUCUCCAACGACGGCUAACUCUAGUUUGGGCGAGAGUGCAUCGCCAUCGCUUACACUGAACACUCGGAACUACCGAAAUGCAACCUUUGGCGCUCAACUGCAGCAGCAUUCCCAGGCGUAUGAUGUCAACUGCACUGGCGGCGGUACUGGUGGGAGCGGCAGCGUUAUUGGUUUUGAAUCAAACCCAUCGCCCGGCGGUGGCUCUGCUGCUGGCAGUCACGGUGCUGCGCCACUAUUCGCGGCUGGCAAUGGAUCGCUCUCACGAUCGCAAUCGCCCCUGGAAACGGACACAAGCAAUUUGCUGACGAGCCUCGAGAGCACGAGCAUUUUGGAUAUGCUAAACUACCUUACUCUCAGUCAGAGUACUUCCACGGGAAACAAUCUUGCUCAGGUGCAGCAACAGCAACAACUGCAUCACAAUAACCAUAACCAUAACCAACAGCAGCAGCAGCAUCAGCAGCACCAGCAGCACCAACAGCACCAACACCAAAACCAGUUCAGCCCAUUUUCCACGCUCAGUUCGCUGUAUCAACAGCAACUGGCGGGAUCAAACUUCGGUAGCAAUGGUGGUACCGGUGGAGGUGGUGGUGGUCUAAGCGGUCUCAACCUGGGCAACGGGUUAAACAGCGACUACGAAAGGUUGCACAGUCUGCAGACACUGAACACACUGCGUUUGCUACAGCAAUCCCAGCAGCUGUCGCAGUUGCAGCAAAUCCAGUUCAAUCAAUCGCUCCUACCGGCGGCCAGUGCUGCCAGUAGCAUGUAUGGUGGCACCGGUGGUACUCUUAGUACAUCGAAUCAAGGACUAAACUCUUGCCUGCACGGCACCAAUAAUGGAUCCGGGAUGAACGGCGGUGGCGGCAACAGCAACAGCAUGUCGCUGAAAGGCGGCUGGGCAACGCAGCAAAACCAGCUACAACUUCCGAAGCAAAGCUCAUCUUUAAACCACAACGGGACUGCGUCAUCCGGUGGUGGGGCUGGCUAUUCGGACGUAAACCUUGAUCGAAUCGCUAGAUUUCACCGAUCAUCCGCCGCUCAUUACGAUGCUACCUGCACCUGGAGUGGCAUUUUGCCACCACGUUCGAAUCGUCUGGUGACUUAUUCGUCGAAAAUCUUCCUCGGCGGUAUGCCGUGGGACAUCAGUGAGCAGUCGUUGGUGCAGAUUUUCAAACCGUUCGGCUCAAUCAAAGUCGAAUGGCCAGGAAAGGAACAGCAAGCGACACAACCGAAAGGUUACGUGUACAUCAUCUUCGAGUCGGACAAGCAAGUGAAGGCGUUGCUGCAAUCUUGUACUUACACCUACCACAGCGGUGGUAACACAGGUUCUACCGGUGGCUACGGAUCAAACCGUACACUGAACAGUGCGUCGUCCACCAGUUCGCUAAACAACUACUCUUCGAUGUGCGACGAUGUGUCUUCUUCCCAGCUGCAGCAGCAGCAGCAGCUGUGUUCCAUGUCCGGUAUGAACAAGCCGAUAGCCCCGGCAGGCGCCAAGAUCAACUUCAAGAUAUCCUCCAAGCGCAUUAAGUCGAAGGAUGUCGAAGUGAUCCCGUGGAAUAUCGCGGAUUCGAACUAUGUGAAGUCCACUUCACAGAAACUCGACCCAACGAAGACCGUGUUUGUCGGCGCGCUGCACGGUCAGCUGACGGCCGAGGGGUUGGCGAAAAUCAUGAAUGACCUGUUCGAUGGCGUCGUGUACGUUGGUAUCGAUACGGACAAGUACAAGUAUCCGCUCGGAUCGGCGCGUGUAACGUUUAACAAUUCGCGCUCCUACAUGAAGGCCGUCGUGGCUGCUUUUAUUGAGAUACGAACGGCCAAAUUCACCAAGAAGCUACAGGUGGAUCCAUAUCUGGAAGAUUCGCUAUGCUCAAUGUGCACGGUACAACACGGACCAUACUUUUGUCGCGAAACAAUGUGCUUCAGAUACUUCUGCCGUUCGUGUUGGCAAUUCCAGCACAGCCGGGAUGGUUCCCUGCAGACUCACAUGCCGCUGACUAGAAACUCGAAAUCAACCGUAAUCAUCGGUGUUGGGCCACAGUCACACGCCGCAGCCAACAAUCAUCAUCUACAGCAACAGCAGCAGCUCAACUCCUUCGACCACAAUUCGUACUACGGUGGUAAUAAUCAUCAUAGCCAUCACCAUCAUCACGGCACCAACCAUUCAGUGGGACAUCAGUCGAACUCCGGGGCGUUGUCGCACAGUCAGUAUCAUCAUAGCAACAACAACCACCAUCACGGUGGGCACCGUGACUAUCAUGCGCAUCAUCAUCAACCACACGCUGCAAGCCGUCUCGCGUUGCUUCAGCAACGUUAUCGGGAUCUAUCAAAGUCUCCCUCACCGCCAUGCAAUGGUUUGGGCGGCGGGAGUGCAACCAACAGUCAUAACAGCAGCCCGAUCAACAGUAGUAACGCCAGCAACAGCACCGGUGUUGGCAACGGUACCAGCAACAACAUAACAAGUUGCGUUCAUAAUAAGGCAAGUAGCAGCAGCAAUGCGUCAUCGUCAGAUUCGGGUUUACUAUCCUCCUGUGGGAGCUCAUUGCAUCUGCAGCAUCCGUUUUCAGCCAGCAGUGGCGCUGCUAGCGGCGGUGGCGGUCUCGGUGGUGGUGGGUUGACCAUCUAA